AUGGACCGACAGAUUAUUACGACGAAACUCGUAUUCCUCGUCUUGUUGCUAUUCGCAAGCUCAGUUCGCGCGAAAGAUCAAACUCCGAACGAGGCGGUGAAGCCAGUGGAAGAAUUCGUCGAGGAGUCCUCCACCGAAGACCAAUUUUCGUUGGAAUCCGCGACGACCACAGAGUCCGCCACAACUGUGCAGUCCUACCAGAAGCUGACACUGUCCAUCAAUGCCAGGAAAAACAUUUCCAGAGAAUUCAGACCCAGUGUACAUCUAGGUGUGUUUUUCUACAUAGGUGAAAUUAAGGAAUCCAGAAUCAGUAAUGUUCCCUUCAACGCUGUUCAUCAUUUCAACUUCGACAAUGGAGUGGAUCCUGACUCGUAUCACCAACAUUUGAAAGAUUUCCAAAUAGUCUUCAGGCCUACGGCGAAGACUCUGCAAACUCUUCAGGCUGGUAGUCGAGGCAAUUCUUAUCAGAAUUUAUUCGAAACUGUCGUUGCACCGACCGAAGAGAGUAAGAAAGAUGGGACGACGCAGAAUGGUUACGUCAAAUUUCAAGACGAUGGGUUGGAUGCUGUCAGGGUCGAAUACGACGACUCUUCGAAGGAUCAAGCUUUCCAUCAACAGUUCUCUCAUUCGGUUACGGAAAAUAUGGGGACGCAAUACGACUCGACGGACCAACAAAUCUUCCAGAAUUUAGAGAAGCCUGUCUUCGAACAGCAAACGUCCACCGUUUGGGGAAAACCGUCAAAAUUUCAGGGUGAAAGUGAGAAACACGAGGGAAGCUUUUCAAAACCAGAACUAAACGCCGAUCCUUUAAAGAUGUCACAUUAUACUGGAUUUUACGAUCAUCAGAAUCAGCAACAGUCGAAUCUACAAAAUUUCGAGUUAUUCAGGAAGCCGAGUAACGGGGUGGUCUAUGUUCAGGAGUCGUCGUUUCUCACAACUAAGAAGUAUCCUUAUCCUAUUUAUCAGCCGCAUCAUGGAUAUCAUCAGGUUGAUUUUAUUAACGACGAACGUCCGUCUUAUCCUGUUAAGAAAAGAGUGUCCACCUGGAAAAAGAUCUUCCAUCUGAUCGGCGCUAUUCUGCCUCUCGGUCUGCUCAUAGCUGCUCUGACUCCAAAUGUCGUAAAGGUCGACAACACUACCCAGCCUAACAUCUUUUUGUCCAAGUGGAGGGUCGCUGACCUUCCAGUGGAACAUAAACACGCGAGGUUCACGGAUCCCUUCAACGACUGUGAGGAAAGAUCCAUUUGUGAUAUGAUCUUGGCUGGCGGUGACGCUGGAUCCACCGUGUUGCAAAACAUUUUAUGGAACCUGGCGACGAGAACAUCGACAACGAUGGCGAAAGAAAGCGGACUUCACGAUGUUUUCGAGGCGGUGAAGAAAAGGGAUUGUACCAACGUCCUUUGUUAAUCUCUUCUUUAAUUUGCGAUAAAAAAUAUAAAACCGGACGAGGGUAACAGUGAUUCCCUCCGUUAUAAUCGCGGAUGUGAGCAAUUUUCACGGUGAAAAAUUGAAACCUGCUAAUGUUUAACUUUCUCCAAGCGAUUAAAAAUAAGACACAGAAACGGACUCGUAGAAACCUAGCAGAAAGUAGCUGCUAAGUAAUUACUGCUACCAUUCCGACUCUUCAUACGUCGAUUAAUAUUUCUAUCAUUCGAAAAUAACCGUAACCUCGAGAUUAUUGGUGUAAUU